AUGUGGCUAACGCGCGCCGGUCUCGAUAAGCUGGCGUCGUAUCUCGACGAGAGCAAACUGACGAUCGCGCGAGGCAAGUUUCGCGAUCUCUCCGACGACGACUUCCGACUUCUCACACGCAAGGGCGUAUUUCCGUACGAGUACGUCGACAGCGUCGAGAGAUUGCGGGAGACGCGUCUCUCGCCGCGCGAGUCCUUCUACAGUUCUCUGACCGGCGAUACCGUAUCGGAGAGCGAUUACGCGCACGCGACGCGCGUCUGGAAGCGAUUUAGCGUCGAAACCCUGGGCGAGUACAGCGAUUUCUAUCUGAAGAUCGACGUUCUUCUGCUUGCGGACGUGUUCGAAAAUUUUCGCGCCGCUUGUUUGGAGAGUUACGGUUUAGAUCCCGCGUAUUACUUCAUGCUGCCGGGAUACACGUGGGACGCGAUGCUUAAGUACACGGGGGUCCGUUUCGAGCUGCUCACCGAUAUCGAUAUGAUGAUGUUGGAACGCGGAAUACGCGGCGGUCUAAGUCAGUGCUCUAACAGAUACGCUCGCGCUAACAACAAGUACAUGAGCGCGUACGAUCCGUCGCGACCGUCGAUCUAUUUGAUGUAUCUCGAUAUCAACAAUCUGUACGGUUGGGCGAUGUGUCAGCUGUUGCCGUACGAGCGAUUCAAGUGGAUCGACGAUCUCGAGAGUCUCGACGUGAUGUCCGUGACGGAGGACUCGACCGUCGGCUACAUUCUCGAGGUCGAUCUUGACUAUCCGGCCGACGCGCACGACGCUCACGCCGAUCUACCGUUUUGUCCCACGCGCGAUAAGCCGCCGGGGAAGCGGCAGAGCAAACUCCUAGCCACGCUGUACGAUAAGCGCCGAUACGUUACGCACUAUCGCAAUCUGCAGCAGUGCGUUCGUCACGGUCUGCGUCUGACGAGGAUUCAUCGCGCGCUGCGCUUCUCGCAGUCGCCGUGGUUACGCGGAUACGUGGAACUUAACACGCGCUUACGCACUAACGCGAGUAACGAUUUCGAGAAGAAUUUGUACAAAUUGAUGAAUAACGCCGUCUUCGGCAAGACCAUGGAGAACGUGCGCAAUCGCGUGGACGUUCGACUCGCGACUCGAUGGGACAGUCGAUUCGGAGCGCUCAUCUCCAAACCGAAUUUUCACAGUAGAAGCGUAUUCUCGGAGAAUCUCAUGGCCGUGGAAUUGCGCAAAUUGGAGGCGAGGAUCAACAAACCGAUCUACGUAGGCAUGUCCAUUCUCGAUAUAUCCAAAAUUCGUUUGUACGCGUUUCACUACGAAUACAUGUCGCCGCUCUACGGCGAUAAGAGUAAAAUAUUGUACACCGACACGGACAGUCUCAUUUAUAGCGUAGAGUGCGAGGACGCGUACGAGCGAAUGAAGCGCGACAUCGAUAGAUUCGACACGAGUGAUUACGCCGUCGACAAUCCCUACGGCGUGCCGCGCGCGAAUAAGAAGGUUCUCGGUCUGAUGAAUGACGAGAACAACGGCGCUCUCAUGUUCGAGUUCGUCGGACUCAGAGCGAAGAUGUACGCGUUGCGAGUCGAGAGUAGGGGCGACACUAAGAAGAGCAAGGUUACGGAGGCGCGCGUCACGAAGACGGCGGAAAGUCUCCUGCAGCAGCUCGAGAUGGUGGUCGAACGUCCGGCUAAUAACGAUUAUGUCGUCGAGAUAAACGAACACGUGCGGCUCUAA